AAGGCAAGGCAUCAGCAAAAUCAAUUAUUUUAAAAAACUAACACAAUAUUACAAAUUUUCACAAACGGACCACAUAACUAGGUACAAUUAUUGCGUACAAACUCUUUUCUACUGAUUAUUUUCUAAUAAAACAACGAUCUCAGCACGCAACGGCAUUUACAUUUCCUGUACCGAGAUUCCAAUUGGUGGUCGGUUUUUCUAUUGACCAUGUCGGCUCAAUGUGAGAAAGUAAACUCCACUAGUCAAGCAUUCGAGUUUAGUUCAAAAUUAAAGCUGCUGCGGUCCAACGACCAGGUCCGGGAACUACAGACCAUACUUAGGGACAAGAACACGAGUCGGACUGAUUUCAAAUUUUAUGCUGACCGCUUAAUUCGGCUGGUCAUUGAGGAAAGCUUGAACCAGUUGCCAUUUGAUAGCUGUAUGAUAAUGACACCGACCGGUAAUUACUACAAAGGUACUAAAUACCAACGAGGUAACUGUGGUGUGAGUAUUGUUCGUAGUGGAGAAGCUAUGGAACAGGGGCUACGAGACUGUUGUCGAUCAAUACGCAUUGGUAAAAUAUUGGUUGAAUCUGACUCGGAUACUCAUGAAGCCCGCGUAGUAUAUGCAAAGUUUCCCCAUGACAUAGCCGAUAGGAAAGUCCUGUUAAUGUAUCCAAUUAUGAGUACAGGUAAUACUGUUAUUAAAGCAGUUAAUGUGCUUAAGGAACACCGAGUCACAGAAGAUAAUAUUAUUCUAUCAAACUUAUUCACUACACCUAUUGCUGCUCAAACUAUUACCACAGCAUUCCCAUUGAUGACUAUAUUAACAUCAGAACUAUAUCAUAUUGCACCAAACCAUUUUGGCCAAAAAUAUUUUGGUACAGACUAAGUAUAUUAUGCAAUACUUAAUGUAUAAUUGAUAUUUGCACAAGAUGUCCAGUAAGCAUAAUUUGUACCAUGCAAAUUGUAAUGUGACUAAUUGAUAUAUACUAGAAUAAUAUAACUUUAUUUAAAGAAAUGUUCAAUCUGUCAAUUUUAAUCAUAAGAUUUGAUUUACAAUUUCUCUUACCCUUUUUUCAAUAAAAUUGG